UGCAGCCGCGCUGUUGGUUGCCUCGACCGCCUCAGCCACUGGCAGGGGACGUCUCAUCCCGUCACCAACAAGUGAGCUGCAGGCUGACCCUGUUCACGGGUGAACACUACAACCCCCCCUUCUUAAAUCGCCAAAGGACUGUUAGGCUGCCCAGGCUGCCGCAAAGACCUGUGAUACAUCUACAUACAUACAUGCCUAGUUCCAGACCCUUCCCAGACCCUUCCAAGAUCCUUCCCGUUCGGUUGCCUAGGGAUCGGCAAAAGCCGAUAUAUAUCUAAUGUCCAAGACCGGAACACAAGUGACUUGCUACGUAGUUCGUUAAAGCGCCGUGAGAUUUUUGGCUUCUAGGUUCUCCGCUCCAACUAGCGGAGGCGGCUCACCUCACCUCGUCACGAUGACUUCCACCACGGCUCCAACGGAAAACGCCGGCGAAGGACCUAGUAGGUCGAGCCCGAGGACGAUGACUCUCGGCGACGCUAUGAGAGCGCCAUCCGCCAAUCCACCAGUCGUCGUACUAGACUCGCUACAUCGCGUUGGGGAGAGAGAUGAAGUUAUAGAUCCGAAAGAGGAUCUAUGGCUGACAUCAGCCGACGGACGAUUCAACUCUCCGAUCAUUCCUCUCCGUGUCGGUACCGCACCGGACUGCCAGACAUUUUACGUCCAUAAGAGCGUCCUCUUAAAGGCAAAGUUCUUCAAGAAAGCGCUAUGUGGCGAGUUCAUGGAAUCGGAGGCUCAGGCCAUGGAGCUGCCGGAGGAAGACCCGGCGAUAUUCCAUUUCGUCGUAGCCUUCCUCUACGAGAAUAAAUACAUUCCGAUCAAGGCGGCUUCGACGGUGCUUAUUCCCGAUGAUAAGGUGAACUCUCGAAGAGAUGACGAUCACGCUGCUUCGGAUUCCGAUUCUAGCGCGAGUAUUCUGAGCGAUUCUUCUACCGCUCGCAGUCUAAGGCGACGAGAAAGGAGACGAAGACGAGAAAACCGCCACUGGGAGAGGGAGAGGCGGAAACACCCCGGCACGCAUCGGCCGGGCUGUGGUUGUCGACAAUGCCUAACAAGAGGCGGACCGCCCUGUUGGAAUUGCAUGGCACCCCGUAUCCCUCCACCCCCUCCAGGUCCAAUGCCCGUCCAGAUGGGUGCCGGAGUGAUGGUAGUAAACGUAGAGAACCCACGACGGCGCGAAAACCGACGACGCCGCCCGAACAACCGUCACCGACCACUAUCCCCACCCCCAGCCAUCGACAACAACGGCACCAACGGAAUCAACAACACCACAAAUAACAACCCCUCCUCAAACCUCAACAUCGCCAACGAAGAAAUCCGCAUCCAAGGCCAAGACCUGCGCACCUGGCUGCUAACCUACGAACUCAACAUCGACGUGUACAUCUGCGCGAACAAAUUCCUCCUCGACGACUUCAAAAGCGCCAUCGCGCGGUCCUGCAUCGACAUGCUCGAGACGGCAGGGCCUGACGCCGCACACAUCGAAGUGCUUCGCCUGUGCCAGAAACUCUACGAAGGGCUCCCCGAAUCCGACCGUCUCCUACGCAUGAUCUUCGCGCGCGUCGGCUUUCUAAACACGUACCUAUGGCGGCGGGCCCAUGAUGCCACAGCGGAGUUUUUCCAUGCGCACCCUGAGGUCAGCGCGUUGAUGUUUAAGGAGACGCUGGUGAGACGCGAGGAGGAGCAUGGUGAGUUGCCGGCGAUGGAGAGGCCGGUUGUUGUGGCGGGCGGACCGAUGCCGCCUUUUGCGCCGAAUGAUCCAAGGGGGUUUAGGGGACAGAGGUGGAGGGGGGAUUUCUAUUAAUUGGGAUGGGAGAGGGUUUUUUUUUUUUGGUUUGAAUAAGUUGGUAUUUAAUGAUGGGGGUGAGAGUUGGGAAUAGGCUUGCUUCAAGGCAUAGUGGGUUACGCGCAAGUGUACGAUGGGCAGGACUAACUACCUAGGUAA